GGUAAACGGGCUAGGAGGAGUUCGGACAGACAGUUAGGACAGAUAAACAGACAGAAAGAGAGACAGAACAUCAUGCUUUGUAGUAAGAAGAAGAUGACAUGCUUACAGUUUGAAUAUAUUCCGAAAUAUAGAAUACAAAAAUACGAAGCCUUUCAAUAUACAUAAAAGAAAAAGGAUAGCAACGUGGUGUGUCCAUCAUCUGGUUUCACUUUGCCGAAUCUCUUGAAGUCAUAUCACUACAAUUAGCUAGCAGUUGGAUCGUUCUCCGACAUGGCUCGGACGCUCUUAGGAGCCUUGUUGGUGUUGGUAAUGUUCAUAAAACCGUCGGUGCAAGUUAUAGAUUACCCUGUCAUACAGGGUGUUCCCGCCGACAGAGAGAUAUGCAAGAAUGGGUACUACUGGGACGAGUUCCAGGGGGAUAACUGUUGUAGCUACCACCAGUGUAACGAGGACCACACCGAGGCUUACCAGAGGUUUUGCGCUCCUCCGCUUGUCUGGAACAGGAACGCUAGUACCUGUGAUUGGCAAGACAAUAUACCGUACUGUAUACCUGAAAAUGACACAUGUUGGGCACCUCCAGAACAGAGACGCCAGGAACAACCAGAAUGCGUUGCGAAUAUAACAAUGGACCAAUGUUGUCAAGUAGGAGAAUUUGACCAAGUAGAAGAAGGCAAGGGAUUGUUGUUCACAAAGGUCAAUGAGACACACUACAUUUACCAUCAUGAUAGGUGGUCUCAGAAGUGUCCAGAUAACGGAACAUUUAACCUUGACACAUGUUGCUGUGACACGGGUCGUCAUGCUAUGCCUAGCUGUCUGCAUUGGCAUUUUGACCUGUUUGUUAGAGACGUGAGGUACAAUGUUCCAAUGGCCGAAGGAGGGUGUAGGUUCAACAGAGAUCUGAUUAACGAGGGCGUCCCUAAAAACUUGCCUGGAUUCUCGCUGGAGUGUAUGGGAGAUGGAAGACCUGCCCGCUUAGAGUAUUUCUCUAACGCAUGGUGGGGAGAUGAAUUUGGAAUAGCUAUUUGGUUUAGGUGCGUCGGGGAUUGUGGCGACGGGGUGAUCUAUUCGAAUGGACAGGCAGCGACGGAAAAAACCGCUGAGAUAAACCCAACUAUACAGUUGACUAUAGCACGAGGUGGCGUGCGAGAUGGAGCAGAUCAAGCCACGUUCCUUAUUGCGGAUAGGUUGAGCAUUAAAACAUUUAUGAAGACGGUUGAUCUCGUUGUUCCGUUGGAGGAAUGGAACUUCUUCAUGUUUCAAAUGAAAGGCACAAAGUUGUGGACAUUCUGGGGUACGCAAGAGACUCACCAGGCAAGCUAUGAUGACACCUCCUUGCUCGACUUGGAUUUCAGAUUUGUGGCUGAAGGUAAUACUUGUCCACUGAAGGUUGGGGACUUCAGAGGAACAAUAGACCAGCUACUCAUCUGCCCAUUUGUUUUCACAAACGAUGAAGUAGGCAAAUGGCGACAAAACCCAAAUCUCUUUCCGGAACCACGCUAUUCGUUUGUGUACCGGCAGAUCCUUGGACUUGCAGCCCCACCCAGUACAAGCACUACUACUACUACAACUACCACAACACGACCACCAAGACGAAGAGGAAGGAAGAGGAGACGAGCUGAACCAGCGAGAAAAAGAGAUAUUUAAUUCAGAUU